CUGACCAGUUCCCUCCAGCCUGCUGGUGUGUAGCCCUGGGCGGGACUACAGGGUUUAAAAAGCCGGAACCCACUUGCCUGGGCCAUCCGCAGCCCCAGCAGCCUCCUCAGACCUGCCCCCUGCACCCCUGGCUCGGGGGAGCUCUCAGUCAGGUGAGCUCUUCACUCAGGACACUGAAGCAGAGAGGUUGAGUAACCCGCUGAGUCACACAGCUGCGAGCUGCGAGCCAGAGCCAAGCCGCAGCUCCUCUCCCCUGCAGCCCUGCCCCAGCCCUGCCCUGUGAGCUGGAGAGACUGACAUGGAGGGACUGACCUGGGCCCUUGUCCUGCUGGCAGGUCUGCCUGCCUUGGAAGCCAAGGACCUGUUUGCUGAUAAAGACGAUCCCUUCUACUAUGACUGGGAAAGCCUGCAGUUGGGCGGGAUGAUCUUCGGAGGGCUCCUGUUCAUCGCUGGGAUCGCGAUGGCCCUGAGUGGCAAGUGCAAAUGCAAGGGCAAUGGGAAGCAGGGCCCCUUGCCUGAGAAAGCCUCCCCACUCAUCACUCCAGGCUCUGCCAGCACCUGCUGAGCACAGGACCAGCCCGGAACGGUGCCCCACAUCUCCCCCAGGCCCUCCAGUACGGACUGGCCCUCCGAGGCCAGGCUGUUAGGCUACCAGGCUCCCUACUGAUCCGAAGGGUGUCCAAAGCUUAUUUACAGAUUAAACUGGUCCCACUGCUCC